AUUCAAUCUUUAGUUGCAAUUUCUUUCGAUAUAAUGUUGCUGUCCUUAUGUCAGUUUGAUUUUGCGAACACCCGUUAGAAAUCUCUGAAUAAUCUUGCAGAUUUCAAGAUCUGAUUAGAGCUGAUUUUCUAUACGAAUUUUAUCGAGGUCCAUUUUAAUUUGUCUUUUUCUUGAAAUUAUUGAGGAAAGGUGCUAAAGAAAGUUCUAGCUCUAAACUAUGUACUGAUGCUUUAGAGCUGAAACUUCCAUAUCAAGUCACGAUUUUGCUGCUCAUUUUGGUGACAAGCUUGAAGAAAUUCGGGAGUUCAAAGUAUCAAAAGUAGUAGACAUGACAAGUGUAACAGUCUGUGCUCGCUUCAGACCUUUGAGUUCAAGAGAAAAGAGAGAUCAUGGCGACAGUGUUUGCAUACGGAGCCUAGAUAACGAGUCUUUUGUGUUCAAGGAUGUGAAGGAAGGAGAUUUGAUGUUUUGCUUUGAUAGGGUAUUCUAUCAGCACUCUUCUCAAGAUGAUGUAUAUCAAUUUCUAGCUCUGCCUAUAGUUCGGGAUGCCAUUAAUGCAAUAAAUGGAACAAUCAUUACUUAUGGACAGACUGGAGCUGGGAAGACAUACAGCAUGGAGGGCCCAAGUAUGUCGGAGAGUGAUGGACAGAAAAAAGGAAUACUUCCGCGAGUUGUAAAUGGGCUUUUUGACUGCAUAAAAUCUGCCAAUGAUGGAUCCAAGUACAUAGUCAAAUUGUCAAUGGCGGAGAUCUAUAUGGAGAAAGUAAGAGACCUUUUUGAUUUAUCAAAAGAUAAUCUACAGAUUAAGGAGGGCAAGACACGAGGAAUAUUUCUUUCGGGAGCAACUGAGGUUGGGGUUGCUAAUAGGGCAGUUGGAGAGACACAAAUGAAUAUGGCCAGCAGCAGAAGUCACUGUGUUUAUAUAUUUUCAGUCCUUCAAGAAUCUACAAAUGAUGGAAGGGUGAAAACUGGAAAACUUGUUCUUGUCGACCUGGCUGGCUCUGAGAAAGUCGAGAAAACCUGUGCUGAGGGAAGAGUUCUUGAAGAAGCAAAGACUAUCAAUAAGUCCCUCUCAGCUCUUGGCAACGUAAUUAAUGCUCUGACGAAUGGCAAAAUGAACCACAUUCCAUAUCGUGAUUCGAAGCUUACGCGCAUCCUACAAGAUGCUCUGGGUGGGAACUCUCGAACUGCUGUUCUGUGUUGCUGCUCUCCGAGCUCCUUAAAUGCAUCAGAGAGCCUGUCUACCCUUCGUUUUGGUGCUAGAGCGAAGCAUGUAAGGACGUCACCACGAGUUAGUAGCAAUGAGGAUAAAGGGGAAGUAAAGCUAGUCACCCACUGUCAAACUAAAAAAAGUGAAUCACGUGACAGACUGUUGGACCAGGUCUGCAAAGAAAUGGCACGAUAUUGCCCACAUUGUCGUAUGCAGUUAGGAAUAUAUAUUUCUUUGGAGCCUUUUACUUGUGAGUUGAGAGCCAGCCUGAACAUUGAAGAAGUGAAGCUGUUGGAGGAGUUGUUUGUCAUGGAAGGCAUUAUCUUCGAUCCUUGCAUGGCAGAAGACUUUGAAUCGGCUUAUGAAGAUGUAACCAGUCGGACAAUUUCAGCAUUACACCAAACUGUGGAAGAGCUUCUAACAACUAUUGAAACGCUCAAGAAAGAGAACCUUGAUCUUAAGGUCAAAGUAGCAGCUUCUGAGAAGUUCCAUUCAUACUUCAAUGCUGCAGAGAGCUUCUGUUAUUCAGCUACGAUUUUGGGCUUUCUUUGGUUCUUCUCUUCAUGGAUUUGGAGUAUCUUUGGACCAGAUGCUACAAGGAAAAGGUUGCUGUGACAUGUAGAUGUUGAACAUAGACCUGUGGUUAGUUGAAUGAUUCAAUAGAGAAAUCAGUUGCUAACUAGAGUCUAAUUGGGUUCUAUGGUAUAGCUUAUUGGGACCGUCUUUAAUUUGAUUGAUCCCUGUAACCAUCAUAAAAGUGCAGGGGGGCUGUGCACCAUGGAAAACUGAUCCAGAGUGGCCAUCUGGUAGUCCCCACCAUGGAUGGGCUAUGCCUAACAAAUCUUCAAUCAUACAAUCCUAACCAUCCAGUCUUUGGACUUUUCUUGUUGGACAUGGAUUGUUACCAUAUUUAGACAUCAAUUUGAAGACCACAGUUGGGCAGUUGGGAUUUGUUGGAUUGGAGAGUAAUGGGGCUUGGUCCAUCCAGGGUAGGGCUGACUUGAAAGAUUUGGAGUUUAAAGUGAGCAGACCUUUGUGAACAGUAAAAAACGCUAUCACUGCACAGUACCUCUUGAGAAAAUUUGUGGCACAACACAACAAAACCAUGUGAAAACAUACCAUAGGAUAAAUGGUUAAGAUUUUCAAAAGUUCUAUCUUGUUCUAAUUUUCAAAACAUGUGUAUGAGAUGAUGCAUCUCCCACACAAAAGAAACCAAGGACGUUUCCUCUCUCCAUUGGACCUUUGGCAAAAUCAUACACAUAAAGGUUUCAUAUGCUUUUUGGAUGGAAUGGUACUGAUGUUCAAGGCUAUUUUGUUGGGAAAAUGAAUAGUAAUGAUUAGUUUGUUUAUUACCUAUUCUUGAGCUGAUCUAGUCUCAUCUAUCUUCAUCUCUUUGCGGUGACUUCAUAUCUUUUCUCCUACAUGCAGCUACACUGUCUUUACAACCACUUUCUUAAAAGAAAAAAAGAAAAAAGAGAGAAAAAAAGAACUUUUUUAUGUCUCUAUAAAGAUAACAUGGAUUUUGGUUUCCAAUGUGAAUUAUGAUGGUAGCACCCCCACUUUGGUCACUUCCUAUACAGGGAAUUGAUGAAUUGCUAUAUGGUUCAAGCGAGCAUCCAAACACAUGAUACUGAUUUGUCUAAUAUAAAAGAUACUAAAGAAAGAGGGUCCCUCUGCUAAAAGAGAACUAUGUUGUACAACCACUUCUCCCCUCUUAUGCUUUGCAAACAGCUUCCUCACUCUCUCUACGUGCAUUGCACAUGCUAGUUCUACUAUUGUAAUUAAUGGAUAAAUUAGUCCUCUUUUUAUUAUUUAUUUAGUACUUGUUUGGAUAAGACAUUUUUUUAAAUA